AAUAGUUGCGUCAUGCAUAGCUAUAGCUCAAAGUUCAUUAAAAAUUCAUGUGAGUAAUGUAAAACCACAAGCUCCACAUUGCACACCAACCAAGCAUUUUUCUCUUAUACCUAACUUUAUAAUUGAUUUCAUGACAUAUAUCAUUAUUUAAGAAGCAUUUUUUAAGGGAAAACAAAAGAACUAGAAGAAAAGAUUCUCUUGUAAUGAAAUAUUGUACAAUGGGAAGCUACAAGGUAUUAGGAAUAAUUGGGAUUUUGAUGUUGCUAUUCUCACCCCCAUUAGUUUUUGCAAGCAUAGAAUGCUCCAUAGUAGCUCAACUUUUUUCUUCAUGCUCUACUUUCAUCAGAUAUGGCACUCCAAAUCCAGUUCCAGGGUCCCCUUGUUGUAACGCCAUGUCAGGAUUGAGUAUAAUUUCUGAUUCAGGUAAAAAUAAGCAAUCUGUUUGUAGAUGCAUAGUGAGACUAAUUCAAAAUUAUAGCUCAAAUGCCACAGCUAUAGGUAUUUUGCCAGGUUUUUGUGGUAUCUCUUUGGGCUUCACAAUUAUUCGCAAUUCAGAUUGUAUAGUGCCUUAUGAGUAAACAAUUUCUCUGGGAAUUUUUAUAAAUUCACAUGAGAUUAGGAAUAAAUUGUUGCAAUUUGAGAUACCAAAUUUUAAUUGUAAAUUAAUGAUGUGCAUUGAUCUAUAGAAAUGGAUCCAAAACAUUUGAAGCAAUGAACUCACUCUAGUUUUUAAAUGUUCAGUAACAUUUGUUGGAUCUUUCAUCUAACAAGGAGAAAAAGAAAAGUAAAACAAAUUGAGAUAGAUAGAUAGAUAAAGGUUAUUAAAGAAUUGUAUUGUGGAUUGUAUUAUUGAAGCAUUUAUUAAUAAUAAAUCAUGAUACAUAAGUAUAGA